CCGUGGGCCGGGGCCGCCCUCCGCCCGCCUCCUCCGCGCCAUGGCGUCCUACUUCGAGGAGCACGACUGCGAGCCGGGGUCCGGGCCCCGGGAGGAGCUGCCUCGCCAGGCACUGCUGGAGCUGGCCAGGUCUCUCUUCAAUGGCCUGGAGAUUGAUGUGGGCUCCUUGGGCAGUGGAGACUGGGACCAGCGGCUGCCCCCACCGGCUGCCCGGCAGGCUGUCGAGAGCCUUCCUGCAGUGCCGGUGACCCCGCUGCAAGCAGAUAAAGGGCUGAAGUGUCCUGUGUGCCUGCUGGAAUUUGAGGAGGAGGAGGUGGUCAGGAAGAUGCCCUGCCAGCACCUCUUCCACACGGGCUGCCUCCUUCCUUGGCUCGGAAAGACCAAUUCCUGUCCCCUCUGCCGCCAUGAGCUGCCCACUGACGAUGAGGAAUAUGAGGAGUACAAGAAGGAUAAGAUGCGCCGGCAGCAGCAGGCCCACCGGCUGGAGUAUCUGCACGGAGCAAUGUACACGUGACAGCAUGCCGCCGCCGCCGCCGCCGCCCUCCUGGGCAGCUGGAGCCCAGCCUGCUCUCGUUCAGCACAAGGGGGGUCCACCGCCACCGCCGCUUUCGCGACUGCCAGGGACCAGGACAUCAGCAGCCCCCUCAAGCGACCCUUCUUUCCCCCACCCCGCCAAGGGCUCGUUGCACAUCAGGAAUAAAUGUCCCCAGGCUUACUAAA